UUGACAACAAUAAUAUACACUUUUCGCGCCUUUUCUUAACAUAGCUAAGAUAAAGUGGUUUAUCCAUAUUUAAUAUAUAUUAAAAGUACUGUGUGAGUAAUUUUAGAUAGGUACCACAAGAAAGAAUAAAGAACAUAAUCUGAAAUUCAUAAAUUACAAACUCAGUGCUUCAGGAAUAUUAAUUUUAACAAUGGAUUCUAACGAUGAACUCACACAAUUAGAAGAACUGUUGAAUGCUGACCUAAAAGAUGACUUGUGUGCUGAAAAUGUGAAAGCAACAAAUAUCAAAGAAGUUGACAUUUUCAAAAAUACUUCGAAUGAGAAGGAGGACAAAAGUAUUGCUAUCGGAGCGUCAGUAAUACACAAUGGUGACACAGAUUCUUCAGACGACGAGGAAAAACGAAACUAUACAGAAAGGAAAUAUACCCAGUAUGGUGCUCUGAUAAAGAAGUCUUUAGAUCAUAAAGAACACGAGCAAAUCGACAAGAGAAUUGAGUUUGAAAGUAGAUUACGACAAACGAAUAUUGAAUUGAAAGUAGCUAAACAGACCUCUUUCGAAAAAAACCGUGAAAGCUCUAAUGAACAGUGCAACAAACAAUUUUUUGGUGUUCCAGAAAGUAAAAAAAAGUUGCCUGGUGAUGUAUUUACGGAUCCAAUAUUUGGUAUUCGGAUAACUAAGCCACUAAUUUCGAGCUCAGCACUUUUGGAUCGGAUGCAAGGCAGAGAAGCUGUUAAUAUGCUACGGGUGAAAAGACAUGUUGAAAACGAAGAUCUCUCUAAAGACUGGGUGAUUGCUGGAGUCAUUGUCAAAAAAAGUGCUACAAAGAAAUCUCAGAAAGGAAAUCAAUUUAUUAUAUGGACAUUAAGUGACCUGAAAGAUGAUUUAAAGACAGUUUCAAUGUUCCUGUUCCGCAAAGCUUACAAUGAUUUGUGGAAGUCUUCUGAAGGAACAGUUGUUGCCGUCUUAAAUCCCAAUGUACUGGAUAGAUCUGAGAACAGUAAAGAUCAAGCUUGCCUCAGCGUGGACAAUUCUGAAAGAGUAAUGAUUCUUGGUCAAUCUAAAGAUUUAGGUAUUUGUAAAAGUAAAAAGAAAAAUGGAGAACCAUGUACUGCAUUUGUUAAUAUGAGCCAAGGUGAACACUGUAUUUACCAUAUUAAACAAGAAUAUCAAAAGUUCUCUAGAAGACAAGAACUGCAAUCAUCCACCAUGGGUAAAGGACUAGUUAAUCUCCAAAAUAAAGUAUUCGGAAAGGAUACAUUUAUGUAUGGAGGUAAAGCAUAUUCAGCAUUACCUUCAGGAAAUAGUAAACCAGUUAAAGAGAGAGAUCAAAAUAGACUUAUGUCUUUAAGUGACUAUUACAAAUCGGAAAAUGAUAAACUAAUGACAAAUAAAGCACCCUAUGGAACAAGCAUUAAUCAAAACAAAAGUGGACUUUUACAUAGUCCUAAAAUACAAAAAGUUAGUGAUGCUGAGAGACUAAACAAUUUGAAUCAGAGCCAAAGUAGUAACCAAACUCUAGCUCAAAAAGUUGCCAAUUCUCCAACUUUAGGAAAAGGUUUUGGAUUAAAGGGUGGUGGUAUUAUUGACCUGAAUAUAUCUUACAGACAGCGCUCUGUUGAGAAAGCAAAGCUUAAAGCUUUGCGACUCAUUCAACAAGAAGGUGGUAUUGAGAAAAUUGACCCAAACAAUAUUAAAGGAACAGAAGCUGGUAAAAAAAGAGCCUUAGAAAAGUUGUUAACCGAAUCAUAUUCUGAUGAAAAUAAUUUUAAGAAAGCAAAAAUCGGAGAACCCAUUGUAAGAGUAGUAACUAAGCCAGAUGGCAAACAAGUAAUGUCAGAAAGAUUCAAAAAGAUUUUGGAGGCUACUUCAGCCCAUGAAAAUUUAAUAAAACAACAUGAAGAUGAUGAACAAGAAAAGUACUUUAAUAAAUUAGAAAAGAAAGAAGCCAUGGAGGAGAAAAUGUUGAAUACAUUUAAAAUAGCGUGUAAGGCAGUAAGGUGUGUCAAAUGUAAAUAUACAGCAUUCUCAGCUGCACAGAUAUGUAAAGACGAAAGGCAUCCCCUCAAAGUACUUGACACAUUUAAGAGAUUCUUCAAAUGUGCAGAUUGUAAAAAUAGAACAGUUUCAUUGGAACUUCUACCAUUACAUUCUUGCAGUAAUUGCAAUGGAUCAAGAUGGGAAAAGGCAGCAAUGUUAAGAGAAAAGAAUGUUUCAUUAACCGAGGGCCUCUCCAUUCGUGGGGAGGAGGAGACAUUCAUUGGAGGUCAAGUAAUUGCUGGAAAAAAUAUAAAUUUACUUGUUCCUGACAGCUAAUUAUUAAUUUAUUAUGUGAAUUGUUUAUUUAUUAUGUGAAUUUGACUUAGGUGUAUGCAUGAGGAACAUUUGAGUAAAGCAUUUAAUUAAAAUAAAAAUAUAUUCAAAUACUAUCCU